GGGGGUCCGGAGGAGCAGCUCUGCUCCGCAGCAACCGUUCGCCUGCUGAAAACUUGCUGCUUCGCUUUUGGGGGUUGCUGAGCUGGAAGAUGCACGUCUAAGAUGGAAACUUCUGCUUCAACUGCUGCUGGGAAAAAAGAAGGGAAAGGUGCAGUUCUGGAGGGGAAUGGCUUUACAGAGACGGGGAAGAAACCCACUCCUUUAGCAGCUGCAGGAGCGGCAGUGGCACAAGGAGUACCGCAGCACAUUUUUCCAGCCUUCCACGCUCCUUUGCCAAUUGACAUGCGUCACCAGGAAGGACGAUACCAUUAUGAACCUCACUCUAUCCACGCUAUCCACGGGCCUCCUCCUCUAAGCGGCAGUCCUGUCAUCUCUGACAUCUCCCUCAUCCGGCUGUCUCCACACCCUGCUGGGCCCAGCGAGUCGCCCUUCAGCCCACCACACCCCUACGUGGCACCCCACAUGGAGCACUACCUCCGCUCUGUCCACAGCAGUCCCACACUCUCCGUCAUCUCUGCUGCCAGGGGCCUCAGCCCUGCCGAUGCAGUGGCUCAUGAGCACCUGAAGGAGCGAGGUCUCUUUGGGCUGCCACCACCACCACCAGGAGCCAACCCCACGGACUACUACCACCAAAUGACACUGAUGGCUGGCCAUCCAAACCCCUAUGGGGACCUCCUGAUGCAGAGUGGGGGAGCAGCCAGCACAGCGCACCUCCAUGAUUACCUCAGCCCUGUUGAUGUGUCUCGGUUUUCAAGCCCACGAGUGACUCCAAGAUUAAGCCGAAAACGAGCGCUGUCUAUCUCUCCGCUGUCUGAUGCCAGCAUUGAUCUCCAGACAAUGAUCAGGACCUCCCCGAACUCCCUUGUGGCAUAUAUCAACAACUCCAGAAGCAGUUCAGCAGCAAGUGGCUCAUAUGGUCAUUUAUCUGCCGGGACAAUCAGUCCAGCAUUCAGCUUCCCCCACCCGAUUAACCCCGUGACGUACCAGCAGAUCCUGACCCAGCAGAGAGGCCUGAGCUCAGCCUUUGGACACACUCCUCCCCUGAUCCAGCCAUCCCCGACCUUCCCUCCACGGCAGCACAUGGCAGUCCUCUCUGUUAACCCACCACCAACACAGAUCAGCAGCAACAGCAACUGCAUCUCUGACUCCAGCCAGAGCAAGCAGUGCAGUGAGUCGGCCGUGAGCAGCACAGUAAAUCCGGUAAUAAACAAGCGCAGCAAAGUCAAGACUGAAGCCGAGGGUUUGCCCCCAGCAUCCCCAACCACACAGGAGCAUCUGACAGACCUGAAAGAAGAUCUAGAUAAGGAUGAAUGCAAACAGGAGCCUGAGGUUAUUUAUGAGACAAACUGUCACUGGGAAGGGUGCACAAAGGAAUAUGACACUCAGGAGCAGCUCGUCCAUCACAUCAACAACGACCACAUCCACGGGGAGAAGAAGGAGUUUGUCUGCCGCUGGCAGGACUGCACGCGGGAGCAGAAGCCCUUCAAGGCUCAGUACAUGCUGGUGGUGCACAUGCGGAGGCACACUGGAGAGAAGCCACACAAGUGUACGUUUGAGGGUUGCUCCAAAGCCUAUUCCCGCCUGGAGAACUUAAAGACACACCUGAGGUCCCACACUGGUGAAAAACCCUAUGUCUGUGAACAUGAAGGCUGCAAUAAAGCCUUUUCCAAUGCCUCAGACAGAGCCAAGCACCAGAACAGGACGCAUUCCAAUGAGAAACCCUAUGUCUGUAAAAUCCCUGGCUGCACGAAGCGGUACACGGACCCCAGCUCCCUCAGGAAGCACGUCAAGACCGUGCACGGGCCUGACGCCCACGUCACAAAGAAGCAGCGCAACGAUGUUCAUCCCAGGCCGCCUCCGCUCAAGGAGAAUGGGGACAAUGAGGCGAGCGCCAAGCAGAGCGGCAAGGUUUCUGAGGAGAGCCCCGAGGCCAACAGUACCACGAGGAGCAUGGAGGAUUGCUUACAAGUCAAAACAAUAAAAACGGAGAAUUCCGUGAUGUGUCAGUCCAGUCCUGGUGGCCAGUCAUCGUGCAGCAGUGAGCCAUCACCCCUUGGCAGCACCAACAACAAUGACAGUGGAGUAGAAAUGAACAUGCACAGCGGGGGAAGUCUGGGAGAUCUGACAGCGUUGGAUGACAACACUCCUGUUGUGGACUCAACAGUCUCAUCUGGUAAUUCAACAGUCAGCCUGCAGCUAAGGAAACACAUGACAACAAUGCAACGACUUGAACAGCUCAAGAAAGAGAAACUCAAGACAGUUAAGGAUUCCUGCUCAUGGGUGAACCCAGCUCCCCAAGCCAGAAACACCAAGCUGCCUCCCAUCUCAGGAAACGGCUCUAUUCUAGAAAAUAGUGGUGGUUCUUCUGCUGCGUUGCCCAAUCCCAGAAUAAUGGAGCUAUCUGUCAAUGAGGUUACGAUGCUGAACCAACUCAAUGAGCGCCGUGACAGUACAACCAGCACCAUCAGCUCUGCCUACACCGUCAGCCGGAGAUCAUCGGGGAUCUCCCCAUACUUCUCCAGCCGCCGUUCCAGCGAGGCGUCGCAGCUUGGGCACCGUCCCAAUAACAUGAGCUCUGCCGACUCCUACGACCCAAUCUCGACCGACGCCUCCCGUCGGUCCAGUGAGGUGAGCCAGUGCAGUGGGAUGCCAGGUCUGCUGAACCUCACACCAGCUCAGCACUACAGGCUGAAAGCCAAGUAUGCUGCUGCCACAGGGGGCCCUCCUCCAACUCCCCUUCCAAACAUGGAGAGGAUGACCCUGAAGAACAGGAUCUCACUUAUGGAUGGACCAGAUCCUACCUUGCCCUCUGUCCGCCUCCUGCCGGGACCCAGGCGUUGCAGCGAUGGCAACACCUAUGGCUACCCAUCAGCCCCAUCAUUUCCCCAUGAAGUGACAGGCAACUGCACAAGACGAGCAAGCGACCCAGUAAGGAGACCUGCUGGAGACCCCCAGGCCUUGCCACGAGUUCACCGCUUCAACAGCACCAACAGCAUGAACCCCUACCAUCAGCCACACCCCGUGGACAGGAGGAAUUUUAGCCUCCAGAGCUAUGGACGCUCAGAUGGGAGCCUACCCCGGCACACCUACUCACCUCGGCCGCUGAGCAUCAGUGAAAACGUUGCCAUGGAAGCUAUGUCUGGGGAGGCAGAAGCACCCAUUGGAGAUGAUGACAUUAUGCUGCCAGAUGAUGUGGUGCAGUACAUCAAAUCCCAGAGCAAUGGGACAGUGGCUGAGAGCACUUCCAUGGGAUACAGCAAUGAAAUGCAAAGCUUCCAGGGAAGUGGGAAGCUGCAGGCUCCAGCGUUGCCUGGCCAGCGCAGGAUGGCAUUGGCCGAUGCAAGCAUGAGUCACUUGGGACCCAUGAUGGCAGAGUGUCCUAUGAGCUUUGACGCAUCCUCUGACAUGAAUAAAAAUAACAUGCCCGUCCAGUGGAACGAAGUUAGCUCAGGUACAGUUGAUACCAUGUCCAAUCAGUCCAAGCAGCAGUUUUCACAAGGGAACUUAUCAGUGGUCCAGCAGAAGCAGAACUUUGGUCAGUACCAGAACUACAACCAGCAGCAGAUGCAGCUGCAGGAGAACAGUAUGAAUAUGACACAGCAGACCUUUAUGCAAAGAAAUGUAGGCAUGGAUGGGCAGAGGCUAAAUUGCAUGCAGCUACGGCAGCAGCCGAUGAACUUAGGCCCCAGCAUGAACCCUGAUCUGGACUUGCAUACAGGCUAUAACCAACCUCAUCAGAUGCUGAGCCCCAGUGCAAUCAGUGGCAACCCAAAUCAGAUCUCUCCUUCUUGUAGCAGUAUGGCAGCCAAGUCAGGACCCCACCUUCACCCUCAACAAAUGGACAUGGCAACCGACCCUUCCUUAAUGGUCAGCAGCAACAGUGAGCGCACGAUGCUGGGCCAAGUCAUGCAUGAACCAAGUCAGCAGAACUACUCAUCUCAGCCAACCCACUUGAAUUUCCCCAUGGCUCAGGAGGCCUUUCAUCAGCCUAUCAUGACCUCCAACCAGACCAACUUUGAACCUCAGCAGAGCAUGAUGGACUCAGCUACACAGGCGUAUCCAUCUGGCAUAAUCCAGCCUCGUCCUCCACCUGAACCAAGUCCAGGAAACAGAUCCCGAGGCCUCCGCACAGUACAGCAGCUGGGUGGCUACAUGAGAACUCCCCACUCUACCAUCAACUCGGGCCAGGAGGCUGCGGAGGCCAUGCAUAAAAGAACCAGCGACAUGUUGCCAGCACCAGUCCAGCAGUGCGUAGAUGGCACGAGGGAAAACAAUUUGAUGUACUAUUAUGGUCAAAUCCACAUGUACGAACAGAACAGCAGCGUCGACAACCAUGCGGACUGCCGAGUCAGGCAGCAGCAGUGCGCACUGAACAGCAAGCCGACCACUCUGCCCUCCCCAGGCGCCAACCAGGUGUCCAGCACGGUGGACUCACAAGGUCUUGAGCCACCCCAGAUAGAUUUUGAUGCCAUCAUGGACGAUGGGGAUCAUUCGAGCCUGAUGUCAGGAACCCUGAGCCCAAGCAUCCUGCAGAACCUCUCCCAGAACUCCUCUCGCCUGACGACUCCACGAAACUCUGUGACACUGCCCAGCAUACCCGCAGGAAUCAGCAAUAUGGCAAUAGGUGAUAUGAGCUCCAUGCUAACCACGCUGGCGGAAGAGAGUAAAUUUCUGAAUAUGAUGUCAUAACACUAGAGCACAAGGCCUUAGCGCUACCCGAGGGGCUCUGCAUGAAGCAGUUUUAUGAAUGUGCUUUUCAAAAAUAAUCUUUCACUAGAGUAGAUUUUUUUUUUUUUUUAAUAAUAAGUAUUAAAUACAUUAAAGGGAUUCAAAAAUGAAAAUUUUA